CGUAUGUGGAUUGAGUCUGCCAGGACGCCUCCCACCCGUUGGAACCUCGAUGCGGGCCAGUCUUGUUCCUCGCCGUUCGCGGCCACACGAUGCGUCUCGCAGGGUCCAUCGUCAAAUGGAUUGAAGCCGGCAAUGACAUUCUAUGGUUCGCCUUGCGGAAGCUUUACCGAAGUGAUGGGUCCGUCGACGAAGUCGGAAAAGGAUGCAAUUUUUCCGGGAAGAUGUUCGAGGGGUACGGACAACGUGCGAUGGCUUUGCCCUUCUUUGUCCAGUUAGCGCCAGGCCACGACGAAGCUGUCCACGUGGAACACUUCCUCGAGGUCUGGUCGCGUACAGUCAGCCCUAGCCAUGGCAUGGACGUGGACCCUGGGACAUCGAUAAGUGGUCCUGUUGGGUUCGCGGGAGGAGACCCUGCGGGAGGGGAGCGUGGACUGCCAGCAAAGAAGAGAAAGGAAUUGGCCGAGAAACUUCGGUACUACCUUCCGCUGGCCAUGGCUGACGACCCGGUCUUCGGUUUGGCGGAGAAAUUCUACAACGAAUGGUCGAAAGGAAAACUUCUGGCUUCUGACGGCCGACGUUGGACAGAAAAGUCACCGGCCCAUAAGGAAGUGGCUAAGCAGGGACUGUCGACUGUGACUGACAGCCAGGGACUGAAGAAACACGUCUGGUACAUUAAGGUGGACGACCCGUCGUUGAGAAAGGGCAAGGGCAAGCCAAAGAAAGGCGGGGAGGAGAAAACUUACUACAUCCAAGUUCCUGAGCCUGAUGUUCAUUGCUGGAAGGAAUUGGCAGGCUUAACGGACCGCGAGAAGAAGAGGUUGUUGAACGGCGUCUUGAACCUUAACGUCGUGUGGGUUCAAGGGAGUAACAAGAAGUUGGCCGAACAGGGGAAGUUCAAUGUCAAGGAGAUGGUCGACAUAAUAAAAAUCGACCGGAUUAUGCUGAGGUUGUGGCACUACGUGGAGUUCGAGUACGAGGAAAUGGGCAAGGAGCAGUGGAAUGCCGGAUCCUCAUUCUUCAGAUCCAAGCGAAAAUUGUUUGAAGAUUACGCGGACAAAGGUCUUGACGACAAGCUUUGGAACGACAACAAGAAAUUUUUCACUGACACCGCCUACGUGAACAAGUGCCCUCAGUAUCUAGGGUGUCCACAUGACAUCAACGUCAAGAAGACCGUGGCCCUCGUGAACGACCAACAUUUCCCAACGGAGUGGAAAUGUGUGGUCCUAUCGAUGAUCACUGGAGACCGCAUGCAAGCCAAAAAAAGUCCUCGGGGCAUUGAUGAAUGCACAAACAUUUUGUGGAGGAAGACAAGCGCCGUGAUGACGCUAGCCCUGUUUGUCGUCGACCCAUUGAAUGCCUUGGAUCAUAAGGACGUGCUAAGGAAGCUCGCAAAUCGGUUACACUCCCACACUUGCGUGCUCGACUUGUGGGGAACUGCGGAUCGGGCGCGCUGGGAUGCAGGAGCGUUCGCGUCUCUGAGUGAGUUCCUCGACAUUGUUUGUCAGGACUAUUGGACAUUGGUGAUAUUUGUUCCCUGCCUGUGGAACCUCUCCUUCAUGACAUAUUUGUCUGCGCUUCGGGCACCCCGAUGCUACACGGGAAAGUGGGUUCGCAAGACACAAGUGAAAAAGACCUAUCAGUUUGGUAACAGCAUGUGGGAGGAGCCAGACGUAAUGCACAUCCUUUUCAAAAGCGAGGAUCCGCUGCUGCUGACGCAACCAGUGUACGAGGGAGCUGUUGCCGAAGACGAUGCCGCCGCUCUUCGGAGGAAACAAAAAGUGACACCUACCGAUGUUGUGGAGCACCCUUUCAAGUCUUUGAAUUUUGCAGACGUUGGAGACCUCACCCAACGGGGGACUGUGUACAAGGACUGGGAGAGGAAUCCUUUUCAGUUAUGCAGUCAACUGCAUUUCUUCUGUGUUGCGGCGGAUGCUGUGCUGUUCCUGGGGAAGCCGCACGCUCAGGUGGUGUGGAAUCUGCUUCAGAGCGGAAGGCACGUCUUGGCGGUGGAGGGGGACUCGACGCAACUGGAAUACACGGUGCAGUUUGUUGCCCAUGAAGUCCGGGGCUUACGAUUGCGAUUUCCACCAUGUCACCGUCGAGCCCGAAUAUGACCCGAAUAAGGACAUGUUCUUCAAGUUGACUCCGAAUAAAAGGCACCAAGUCUA